GAGUCUCUAGGUGAGUCAAAAACAGCCCUGAAUCAGGAAGUAGGAUGCCGUGACAGACAUUAGUAGGCAGAAGGAAAUGGGCACCACCACCACACAAUGUCACUAUGUCUGCUGCUGCUCCUGUCCAUGGUAACACAAGGACGAGAGGGAGGAGAGGCCACAGGGAAAUGACCCCAUCGUCGAUCAUGUUGCUGCUGGCUCUGACAGCCUGCCUGGCGGGGACUGUGUUCUGCCAGGGUGAAGAGGACACAAGUACUGUUGAAGAAACACAAACAGAAAGUUAUGCCGGGUUCUCAGUGAUCCCACCUGUAAGUGAUGCUACCCCUACACCAGACUCAUACCUAUCAUCUGAGAGUCCUUCAGAGGGAUAUGAGACUGAAGCUGAAGCUGGUUCUGGGUUCAGUCCAGGUGUCAAUUUAGAAGGGGAGGAUCAUCAAUCCUCUGAAGCACCACUGGAGGACAGUCUGAGUCUCACCUUCGUCAUGGUUCCUGUUGUGCUGGUGGUCGUGAUAAUCGCCAUGGUAGUGGGAGUAGUCAUAAUCAACCGCAGAUGGAAUCGGAAAGGAAAGAGCAAUUCUGAUCAUGUAGAAGAGGAUAAAUAUUUGCAUGGUAGCGAUGACACAGAAAAAGUUCCAAUGCCCAUGUUUGAGGAUGAUGUCCCCUCUGUGUUGGAGCUGGAGAUGGAAGACCUGGAACAGUGGAUGAAUAAAGAUGGUGGAGUUCUAAUGGACUCUGGACAAGGGAUCUAACAUGAGAUCAUGGCUAGUCCCUAAAGAGUCACGGAGUCAGUCAAUUCUCUCUCUCAACCGUCCUCUUGCUGUACUGCCGGUGACAAAGGACAUUUCCCCAUCGCAGGGAAGGACAUUCUGUUACCCAGCAGCACUGUAGGCUUCUUCUAUUCAUGUCAAUGUCAAAGCAACGUCAUCAACCGACCACAUUGACAACAAGAAAGCAACACCUCCACCAAGGUGACUGCAAAAAACAGGAAAUGCUGAAUUUAUUUUCCAUUUCAGCAUAAACAAAAGACAAGUAACAAUAAAUGCACAAGUUAAACUUUUUUAGAACGUAACAUCUUAAAAUCUGCGCACUCCACCGUCAAAUGUACUGUGGUAUAGACUCUGGAGAAACAGUGUGUGGCAAUAGUCCUUUCACUACACGGAUCCUGAUUGUGGUCGGCCUAAUAAUGCGCCAUCAACUCAGUACUGUGCCUUUUUAGUCAUUGUUUCAAGUUCAUAUACACUUUUUAUGUGAUUGUUUUACUGUCUUUUGUAUUCAGCUGUCAUGCAGUGAGAGAGGAAGGAGUAAAACAAAGGAGGUUGGUGGCACCUUAAUUGAGGAGGACGGGCUCGGGGUAAUGGCUGGAGCAGAAUGAGUGAAAUGGUAUCAAAUGAAUCAGACACUUGGUUUCCAUGCGUUUGAUGCCAUUCCAUUCGCUCCGUUCCAGCCAUUAUUAUGAGCUGUCCUCCCCUCAGCAGCCUCCUGUGGAGUAAAACGUGUACAACUAUUGCUGAAAGCGGGUGUAGGUAGCCAUGUUCUGACACCCAGACAACAAUAUCAGGACUUGACCUCCAAAGAUCCUACAGGCCCUCCCCUUUACAACAUAAACACAUAUUCCAUGCCCACAGUAAAGCCAUACCAGAUGGUAUAUACCCUUAUUCCAACGGCCAACUAACCCAGUCCCAUGAUAGAUAUGAUGGCUCUAACCCAGUCCCAUGAUAGAUAUGAUGGCUCUAACCCAGUCCCAUGAUAGAUAUGAUGGCUCUAACCCAGUCCCAUGAUAGAUAUGAUGGCUCUAACCCAGUCACAUGAUAGAUAUGAUGGCUCUAACCCAGUCCCAUGAUAGAUAUGAUGGCUCUAACCCAGUCACAU